AUGCCGUCCAAAGCCAGACCCACAGGAGGAAUCGAACAGUACUCUUAUUUUCGUGACAGAUUCAACUGCUAUCGCAACAUUGUGUGCUACGCCGAAUUCUCGUCGGAUAUAACUCGGCAGCACCUGUUUCUUUCCCUCCGGUCGCUCAUAUCCGAAGUGAAUGGACUAGCUGUAAACACAAGAAAUGAAGGUUCGGUCAUCUGCCCAUUAGAGACCAUCAAGUUCGGAGAUGUUGCCGAAUUCAGGCAGAUCGACGACCAUUUCGACGUCGAGAAGACUAUUAGCCAGCUGCACGACCUUCGUUUCCCGGUGGAUACCGACAAACCACUCUGGAAAGUGGUUGUGUAUGGGGAAAAUCGCGUUUUUUUCGUGAGUGAUCACACGAUCUGUGACGGAAGAGGCCUCGCGUACUUUAUGAGUGGCUUGACGGACCACUUGAACUUGACUCGGGGCGAAAAAGCCAAGCAGCAGGAGCUCAAGGUGUCGGAAGACUCGGCUGUGUUCGAACUUGGGCAGAUUGAGCGUUUCUACAUAACAGACAGCCUUGAAAAAUAUGUGACGAAGAAGAAAAGCGCAUCUUUCAUAUUUCACACGAUUGUAGAAAACGUCGGGCCUCGCUGGAUGGCUCAUAUAUUUAGAACCAGGCACCUAUACGAGUUUGAUCUUUCCGGGAAGCCGCUUCCUAUUCCGGACAACAUUUCACCAUCCAUGCACACGCAGGUGGAAGUUGUGAGAAUCGGAAAACCGGCUUUGGACAACCUUCUGCAGACAGGGAAGAAACACGGUGUCAAACUAACGGUUUUGUUGGUGUACCUCAUCGCCAAGAUCUUAAAGAAGAUCGUGAUCGAGUCUGAUCCGCACAGAUACAAGGCAACCGAGAAUUAUGACUUGGAGUAUGCUAUUCCGGUCGAUGGCAGGUCUUUUGUCGAUGUUAAGGAGGUGCAAAACAGAGAGCCUGACUUUGUGAAAGGGUUUGGCAACUUUGCUUCCAGCGUGAGUCUGAAAACACCGUCUGCUGCCAUUUCCCUGGAUCCAAAUACGAUUGACUGGCCGUUGGUCCGGGCCAUGCAGAAGAAAUUGGCCGAUAUGCUUGCGAAGAAGGAAAACUUGUCGUUGCUAGGCGUUUUGUCGUUUGUUGACGUCAAGGAUUACAUAAAAGGUCUAUCUGACCAGAGAAAUAAAGCUUUCGAAGGCCACUACCUCGAGGUUUCCAACUUGGGAUACUUCAAGUUCAACGAAAAGGUCCCAGAAGAUGGCUUCCAAGUCAAGGAUGUCAUUUUUUCGCAGAGUGUCUGUGUCACCGGUGCAUUGAUAGAUGCUAAUGUCAUCGGCUUUGAAAAUGGACUAAGGAUAGCUCUUGGCUGGGAUACAAAUCUGCCAUUUGCAAAAAGCGUUAACGGAAUUGCCGAGACUGUUCGCACCUCUCUUGAGAAUGUGAAAUGA